ACCAUGUUGAAUACAAAGGAAACAAAACAAACCAAAAAGAAAUUGAAGAAGUAUAGUGAUGAUGGAGUUCUCUAAUUCAUGCAAUGAGCAACAACAAGCACCUGAGAUUGUGUUCUUUGAUUUGGAAACCACAGUGCCAAGAAAAGUUGGACAAAGGUUCUGUGUCCUGGAAUUUGGUGCAAUGGUUGUUGAUCCUCACAAACUCAGCGAGAUUGAGAGCUUCACCACAUUGAUAAGGCCAAAGGAUCUUACUGUGGUGUCAGUGAAAUCUAGCAGAUUGGAGGGGAUAACACGUGAAGCUGUGAAAAAUGCACCAUCUUUUGAGGAUGUUGCAGACAGGAUUUUCAGCAUCUUGAAUGGGAGGGUGUGGGCAGGGCAUAACAUUCAAAGAUUUGAUUGUGUCAGGAUCAGAGAAGCAUUUGAUGCUAUCAAUAGGCCCCCACCAGUGCCUGUUGGAAUGAUUGAUUCUUUGGGGGUCUUAACUGAGAAAUUUGGAAGAAGAGCUGGUAAUAUGAAGAUGGCAACAUUGGCUUCUUAUUUUGGCCUGGGGCAACAAAAGCACAGAAGCCUAGAUGAUGUUCGCAUGAACUUGGAGGUCCUGAAGAACUGUGCAACAGUGUUGUUUCUGGAAUCUAGUCUACCAAACACAUUGCAUAGCAAGUGGCACGGCUCUUCCAGUGUUAUGACAAGGAGCAGAACCAAUGGGAAAUCACCCUGCAAAGAAGAGACUAGCAGAAAAUCUCCCCCAACUUCAUUAGCAUUUCAAAGAACAGUCCCCUAUACUAGGGGAAGUUUGACAAAGGUGACAGAAAGAGUGAAGGGCCUGUUGUGUAAAGCACAAGGGCAACCACCACUACAACAAUUAUUGAAGCAUUCUCAUUCACUGCUGAGGUGAUGAAGAAAUUGAUAAGAUGGAAGCUGCUCUCAGAAAACAGGAUGCAAAAGCUUCUAUCCAAAAUUGAUUCUGACUUAUGGUAGAAGGAUUUAAAAAAAUGCUCUACGUUGAGAAAGUCCUUGGCUUUGGGAAGAGAAAUGUCUCACAUUUUGUUGAGUUGGCAGAGUGAAAGGAAGAUAUAUCAUAUAUGCAUGACCAAGAUGCCAGGGUGUUAUUUCAGGACGAUCUGCAGAUGUUUAAAGACUUCAAAUGUCCAUGCUUCAAAUUCAUUUGUAUAUACAACUAAUUCAUUCAUUUAUUCAAAUUCUUGUGCAUACUUAUUGUAAAUGAAAGAUGGUGGCAACACCAGUAUUUGUAAAUGGAAAUCAAAAUGAAUUGUUAUCAAAGUA